AUGGUCUUGGACGUCAGAGCGUUGCCCCAGGUCGCCCUGUCCGUGGCGUUCGCCUUUUGCGCCUGCCAGAGCCGGCGUACAGUGUCGCACUUCCAGCAAGGAAAGCUGCAGGAGGCUGCCCCACUGGUGGACAGCAUUCAGGACUUGCAGCCAGAAAAUGAGCCCUGUUGCUUCUGCUUCCGAUCCCCGUUCCGACGACAGGAGCGUGGUACGCAGUGGAGGUACGUCAAAACAGAGCAGGACAAGGGUGCGAGCUAG